GGUCGGACGCUCAAAGGUCCGACGGGGUCUGAGGCUAUCCGCUUCCGGCUGGCAGGUGCACCGUGUCCUCAAAUGAUUUGAGGAUAUAAUGGGAAUUUCAAUAGAAGAUAGGGGAUGGAAAGGGAAUUCCCGCUAAAACUCCUCACUAUAUAAAGCUCGAACGCCCCGCCUUUCAAAAUUUUGAUUUCCAUUCACUGCAGAAAAGAAACAGAAGCACAGCUCUCUUCUACAGACUCACUGAAGCUAGGAUUUUUAAAUCGUUCGAAGAAGAUCAAUACGUUCUAGAAGUCCUUUCUUCUGUCUUCGAACAAAGUGAGGGUUUUGAUCCAGGCCUCGAUCAUCUGACGAAGCUCAAGGUCAUCAGAAUGCAGUCAUGUGCAAUCCGUUCGAUGAAAUUCCAGGGUCUCCAGUCGUCACGUGAAGCUCUAGACUAAAUCGAUAGGGUUUUCCUGAAUCUCUAUCCUUGGAAUUGAUUUAUCGUUUUCCUGAAUCUUUAUCCUUGGAAUUGAUUUAUCGUUUUCCUGAAUCUUUUUCACUGGAAUUGACUUCUACAUGAUUUGUUGAUGAUUUCGAGCAGUAGAUGGAGACAUAGCAUUUAUGGAGAUUAUGAUCCUCUGAAAUUCAGACAAUGAAGUUGAAGAUCAACAAGGCCUGUGAUCUGAGCUCCAUUUCUGUCCUUCCACCGCAUUCCAGGAGAGGAAAUGCGGUCCCACCAGGAGCAGAUACUUCGGUUUUCGGUAAAAGCCAGGGUUCUUCGCAAUUCUGGUCGCAGUCGCAACAGUCAUUUUCACAGGGCACGUCAAUGUCUCAGCUCUCACAGAAUUCUCAAGAGGAAAUUAUGACAAAUGAACACAGAUUUGGUUCUCAAGACAACUCGUUGAAGAGGAUUUCUUGCUUGGCGCCUGUUACUUACACGCGAGAAGAUAAUCAGAUGCCAAUGUCGAGAUCAUCCAACAACGUUAUCCGCAGAUGGAGUUCAACUUCUGCUCCAGAUAAUAGAUGCCAUGUCAAUGAGGAACUUGAACACAGAAUCGGACUGAUGGAAACUUCAUUAAACAGGUUGGGAAUGGUCCUAGAAUCUGUUCAGAGCGACGUCAUGCAAGUUAACAAAGCAGUUAAAGAAGUAUCACUGGAGAUGGGUGGUAUACGGCAAAAAAUGAUUGUUCAUGAUAACUCCUUGCAGUUGGUGCUCAAGGGAGAGGAUGAUAUCAAAGCCAGUCUUGAUGUAAAUCUGAAGGCUAUAUCUGAUCAAUUGAGAAAGGAAUCAAAUCAGCACAAAUUAGAUAAGAUUGAAUCCUCACUUUCAGCGCUGCCUGUUCAAAUCGAGACACGACUAUUGAAGCUCCAAAAUGAACUUUAUCAGACCUUCAUCAAAGAAAUGGCUAUUAUCAGUAGCAUGAAGCCUCUCAAUGAGAACCAUCAACCGCGUGCUGUUCAGCCACCAAAGAGGAAAAGCUGCAUCGCUACCCCAUCCCUAAAAAAGCAGCAACCCUUUAUGGAAAAUCCAGUUGCACCUCCGAAGUUCUGUACGAGGAGGGGGUUGAUUCCGAAUAUAGAAGUAGAGAAGCCGUUAAAACCAAAAACAGUGGCUUUCACUGAUACCAAACAUACUAUAGAGCUCAAACAGGAAGAAGUUACUAUCAUGAAACAGGAACAAGAUUGUAGAGUACUCAUCGAAUCAGAUGAGGAGAUUGAUGGAGGCUUUUCCUUCUUGCUUGAGGAAAAGGAAAUAGGCAAGGGGAACCACUUGAUGGAAGAUGCGAGGGAAGAGACAAAACGGAUUAUAAAGAAAGCAAGGAGGAGAAGGAGACAAUGCUGUAACCCUAUAAUUCUAGUUUGAAGACCAAAUUGCAGCCACGCAGUUGGCGGAGCACGAACGGCCACCAAAGAUCAGAUUGAUUGGGCAAUUCCAACGUUCGAUUGAUACAUUCCGAACCAUCUACCUUUCUAUUAUUUGAACCAUCCAUUUGGUGGCCAACUAAUCAAACGGUCGAGAUCAUCCCUUCUCUGUAGUUCUCAGCCUAUGAUCCAUAAUUGUCACCAGGAUUUGGACGGUUUGAAUUUAAGCAAAUUCGUGCCAGGUACUGGUGACUCAUCAUCCAUUAUGCAAAUGCAGACCAACCAAAUCAAUGGCCACGAUGGUGGAAUCACAACUAUCAGCGCAAGCAGCUGUCCAGUGUCGGGUGGGACCCAAUGUUGGAUGGGAGAUCUUAGAAUAAAUCUCCCCCCAUUAGAUCAUCCUAAUCAUUUGAGUAGUCCCCAUUACAUGUAUGUCAUUGGUUACUCUCGUCCAUUUUCAAUAAAAGGCUAGGAUCAUCUAA